AGACCUUUGUGUCCCACAAGUCCCCUGAUGCAAAACCCUGGGAAGGUGCAAGAAGAAGAGAGACAUCUAUAAUACAUGUAGGCUUGUCAAAAGUGCUGCUGGCUGGGAGGUGGGAGCUUUCAUCUUCUUAGGUCUGAUUGGGUGGAGCAGAACCUCAGGCAAAGGGAGGGAGCGGGGAAGCAGUUUAGAUUGCAGCACUGCAUCGUAUCAACUGAAAGCAGAGAGAGAGAGAGAGUGGUAGGUGCUGAGGACAGCAACAACACUCCAGUUAGCUUUGAUGGCAUUUCCAGUUAGCAGCAGCUCUGUUUCAUUUUGCCAGUAUUAAUGACUUGCUCAGUCGAUUUAAUUUCUCCUUAUUCUACGUUAUGGAUUACCUGUUGGUGACAGGGAUGCAGUAAAUCCCUUUGCUUCAGCUGCACAGAUUUUUAUUUAAUUUUUGAAUGAACAAAGACAAGUUGUGACCAUAAGAAAAAGACAAUGGACAUGAACAUGAGGAAAUUUACAGUGAGGAGGUUCUUCUCAGUCUAUCUCCGGAAGAAAUCCCGCUCCAAGAGCUCCAGUCUAAGUAAAUUAGAGGAUGGAGGUAUUGUGAAAGAAAUAGAUAUUAGCCACCAUGUCAAAGAAGGCUUUGAAAAAGCAGACCCUUCACAAUUUGAGCUUCUCAAAGUAUUAGGUCAAGGUUCUUAUGGAAAGGUGUUUUUGGUGAGAAAAAUUAAAGGGACUGAUAGUGGGCAACUCUAUGCUAUGAAAGCACUGAAGAAAGCAACACUAAAAGUUCGGGACCGAGUGAGGUCUAAAAUGGAGCGGGAUAUUUUGGCUGAAGUGAAUCAUCCAUUCAUAGUAAAACUUCACUAUGCAUUUCAGACUGAAGGAAAACUGUAUCUCAUUUUAGAUUUCCUCAGAGGUGGAGAUCUGUUUACACGGCUCUCCAAAGAGGUCAUGUUCACAGAAGAAGAUGUCAAGUUCUAUUUAGCUGAGCUGGCCUUGGCUUUAGACCACCUCCACAGUCUUGGAAUUAUAUACAGGGAUCUGAAGCCUGAAAACAUCCUUUUAGAUGAAGAGGGCCACAUCAAGAUAACAGACUUCGGUCUCAGCAAGGAGGCAAUAGACCAUGACAAGAGAGCCUACUCUUUCUGUGGGACGAUAGAAUACAUGGCCCCAGAGGUUGUCAACAGAAGAGGACACACGCAAAGUGCAGACUGGUGGUCAUUUGGUGUUCUAAUGUUUGAAAUGCUAACAGGGUCACUGCCUUUCCAAGGCAAAGACAGAAAGGAAACAAUGGCACUAAUACUGAAAGCAAAACUUGGCAUGCCGCAGUUUUUAAGCCGAGAUGUUCAAGGUUUGCUGCGUGCACUUUUUAAGAGAAAUCCUACCAACAGAUUAGGUGCUGGGCCUGAUGGAGUAGAAGAGAUUAAGAGGCACCCUUUCUUUGCACCAAUAGACUGGAAUAAAUUAUAUAGGAUAGAAAUCAAGCCCCCAUUUAAACCAGCUGUUGGCAGACCUGAAGACACCUUUCACUUUGAUCCAGAAUUCACAUCACGAACACCAACUGACUCCCCUGGCCCCCCACCAGGUGUCAAUGAUCACCAGCUUUUCAGAGGAUUCAGUUUUGUUGCUACAAACCUUGGACAAGAGCAAACGCUGAGGGAUAGCCACCAGAGUGUAGUCCCCCCCAUUGUACAGGGACUGCACGGGAACAAUAUUCAUUUUAGAGAUGGCUAUGAAAUCAAGGAAGAUGUUGGCAUUGGAGCCUAUUCAGUGUGUAAACGAUGUGUUCACAGAUCUACUGGAGUGGAGUAUGCUGUCAAGAUAAUCGAUAGGAGUAAGAGAGACCCAUCAGAAGAGAUCGAGAUCCUCUUACGAUAUGGACAGCACCCAAACAUCAUUACUUUGAAGGAUGUUUAUGAUGAUGGGAAGUAUGUGUACUUGGUAAUGGAGCUAAUGAGAGGAGGAGAACUGUUGGACAGGAUCCUAAGACUUAAAUGUUUCUCUGAAAGAGAAGCCAGUGCAUUGCUCUGCACCAUCACAAAAACUGUGGAAUAUCUUCACUCACAAGGGGUUGUUCAUCGAGACUUGAAGCCCAGCAACAUACUGUACGUGGACGAGACUGGAGAUCCAGAAUCUAUAAGAAUAUGUGACUUUGGAUUUGCCAAACAGUUACGAGCUGAAAAUGGGCUACUAAUGACGCCUUGUUAUACAGCAAACUUUGUGGCCCCAGAGGUCCUGAAGAGACAAGGAUAUGAUGCAGCCUGUGACAUUUGGAGUCUUGGUAUUUUGCUGUACACCAUGCUGGCAGGGUUCACACCAUUUGCCAAUGGACCUGAAGACACUCCUGAAGAAAUUUUGUCACGUAUCGGAAGUGGAAUAUUUGCUCUUUCUGGAGGAAACUGGGACACUAUCUCUGAUGCAGCAAAGGAUAUCGUGUCCAAAAUGCUACAUGUAGAUCCCCAUCAGCGGCUAAGUGCACCACAAGUACUUCGUCACCCUUGGAUAGUGAGCAGAGAGUAUCUACCACAGAGUCAGCUCAUCAGACAAGAUGUGCAGUUAGUCAAGGGAGCAAUGGCAGCCACAUACUUUGCUUUGAGCCGUUCACCCCAGGCCCCCAAAUUGGAACCAGUUCUCUCUUCCAGUCUGGCUCAACGGAGAGGAAUGAAGAGACUCACAUCCACCCGAUUAUAGCAGAUCCUUGUGACAGACAUAGAAGUGCACUAACUCUGAAUCUUAUUCUUAAAAAUAUCUCUAGUACCCAACAUCAUAGAAGCCAGAUCUGGGUGUCCCUUGUUUCACUUGUGGAUGCCUGGCUAGUAAUGUAUGCAUCGUGCCAACUUUCAAAAUUGUUUUACGAGGAAACAAGAAGAAAAUGACUUAUCAAAAAAAGGACUAAUGGCAAUCACUGAAAGUACAACUUGACAAAACUGGAUGCAUUAAUCUCAGUGUAACUUUGUCAAAGCAGCAGUGUCGUCAGCUUGUUCAGUAAUAUACUGUAGCUGGUUAUAAUACAACUAGAGAUCAAAAUAAGCUCUGCUAGAAGAAGGGCAAAUGCCUCAUGCACACUCACCUAGCUUAACACUCCUCAUAAGCUAUAAAGCCCAUUGUCAACUGAGAGCAAGACGUUUCAAAAAAAGGUCCUGUUUUGUUUAUACAUGAAUCAAAUCCCUUGAACAAAGUGGCCUAAACUUAGAACAAAUAACUUUAAAAUUAAUAAAAAACCCUAUAAUGAUAUGAAUAGGAGCUCCCAUCAAAUCUUAAUGGAAAGUCUGCAGUACAUUCCUGAGCUGUGUUGUUUAUUGUUAGUUUUAUACUAUUACAUUUUUUUUCAUUUCUCUUUCCAAAUAGGGCCCAGAAUACACAUUUUUAAGGUUCCCCCAAACCAAUCAACUGUUGCAGUGCUAUUGCAUGUCACAUAAAUUAAUUAAUAAUGUAUCUUUACACACUUAGGUAAACAUUAUGUUUCUACCAAUUAAGGAUUAAGUACAAAUAAUACUUACAAAUAAUCUGUUAUCUUUACUGAACAUCAAUAUGGGAGUCAAGAGUAAAAUGGUGCAGUACAAGAGGUGUGAAAUGAAUAUUUCGGGAUAACAAUCCUUGGGCAUCUGCAUUAAUUGCUUUUUCCUUAUGUUUACAUAAUUAGUAACUGUAACUAAAAACACUGAAGCACCAUAAUGGAUGGUAACAAAUAUGUUUACUUAUCUGGAUUAAAGUCUUCAAAGGCUGGAACUCAUUGUGUUGUUUUCAGAUCUCUACAACAUACAGUAUGUACUGUAGGAUUUUGUGUCAAAUCAAAACAGUUUCUUUCCAAAUGUGUUGGUUAUUUUAACUCAUCACUUUUUUUAUUGGAUGAAAGACUACAUCACUAAUAGCCAAUCAAUUUUGAAUGUUUUCUUUUGUACAGUGCACACUGUUUCAUUACAGCCCACAUCUACCGCCAUCUUACCUAUAAAAUCAAUAGUCAGUCGGAGCCUAAGAAAACACUUAUAUUGUAAAGUCAAUCAGUGCAUUCUUAAACACACACACACACACACACACAUCAUACCAGACACAAUAGCUUACUUUAGCAGAGAAAGCUGUAUGUCCAGCCUAUUUGUCUGUCAAAAACAUUUCUGAAUUCUCAGCACUUGUCUGCUCUUUAACUAAACGUAUCAUUAAAUGAUCCUCAUUCCCCACCUCAGUGCAGUGACACACGUCUCACUGUCAAUGGGUCCGCUGCUGUUUACAGAAAGCAAAUACAAUGGAACAGAAUGAUUUCCAUCUGUAGUAUCUGUAUCAUGUUUCAUUAUGAAUAAUUGUGAGCAGAAAUUGCAUGAAAUAUGAUUGUGUGAAACAACAACAACAAAAAAAAAACAUUACCGGCAGGGCUUUGUAGUGUGGCUUUGAGGUAUCUAGUAAAAGUACUGUUUCAUGAAUAAUUGAAUACUUCCUCCUGUGAUAAUGGAGUUCACAAGGGAUUAUUUAGUUGCACAAUAACACAUUUCAUUGUUACUUAGAGUUCUAACCUAGUAUAAAAAAAAUAUUAGGAUAUUUUACUGAUAAGAAAAACACUAUGUCAGUGAUGCCUCUGCAGUCAUUUUUGUGUGCUUUAUUUAUGUUAUACAGAUGCCCUUGUUGAUGUAUGUGUUUUUUUUUUCCCGAUUUGUCAACACCUUUAAGAUAUUAUUACUAUUAUAUUACACUGUGUUUAAUCAGUUUUGAAAUGGACUUUGUACAAUGCGAGGGUUAAAAGAAAACUCAUGUAUGUAAUUAAUUGGACAAACAUUGAUUUUUGUAAAAUACAUUGUUUUUAUGAAGUGCAAUAUUUUUGUAGCACUGUGAUACCUUGGUACUUUGUAUAUUUCAAAGCACUGGUCAGCAAAAUAAUCUUUGUUGCAUUUUCCAUAGACUUCAGCUAGAAAGCUUGGUGUGGCUUGGCUUUAAAAGUACCAAAAACUUUCAGCUUGCAAAAUGUUUACCUGCAUGCUGAGGUUCUGGCAAUGUACGUUUUUUAUUUAACAAACAAAAACAGUGUAGAUACUCAUAUUUGCUUUGCAUAGACUUGGCAUGCCAAAUCUUUAUAAAUAAAUAAAAAACAGUUUAUUUGUUCUCGUGUUUUUAUCAUUUAUCAAAUAUACAGUACAUAGUUGGGUCACUAGAAGUUCCCACUAUAAAGCUUUCAGUUUCUAACUAUAAAACA